UGUGGCAAAAAGAGGAUUGAGUGUGUAGAAUCAAAGAGGAAAUCAAUGGUUGGACGUUCGAGAAAAGGUUGUAUGAGAGGUAAAGGUGGACCAGAGAACGCUUUAUGCACGUAUAGAGGCGUGAGACAACGAACCUGGGGUAAAUGGGUAGCAGAAAUAAGAGAACCCAAUGGGGGUGCACGAAUUUGGUUAGGUACUUUCAAUACUUCAGUGGAAGCAGCCAGAGCUUAUGAUGAUGCAGCACGCAGGCUUUAUGGAUCCGACGCCAAACUCAAUCUCUCAGAACAAGAAUCAACAGAUGUUAGCAUAAUUGAGGAUGGGGAUGGAGAAUGUUCAGUACUUGAGGAAGCAUCCAUAUUUAAAGAUGGAAACGGCAAGUAUUUAGUGUGGGAUACGCCAGCCCCUAGUUUGCUUGGGGUCGAUUUUCAUGGAGACGCUACGACAUGUUUCAAUUGGAAAAAUCAACCUGAAUUGAUGUAUUUUUAAUACUAUUUUCUACAUCCUAAUUACUCUUUCCUCUCAAGUUUCUUCUUCCUUUUCAUUUUAAAAUUCAUCCAUGCACUCUCUACCUAAUAUAGUUAGUUAGCAGGUUUUUUUGAACGGUUCUAGAUAUAUUUCAGUUUUGAUCGAAAUUCAGAUUUUGAACGGAAU